GACGACGUAAUGGCGUCACGGGCGUUUCCCGUGGUAUUAUGGUGCGAGUUGUGUUGUGUUUGAGUUGGCGUGUGUUCUGGGCCGUGUUUCGGAUUAAUGCACGUUAAACAGGACAUUUAACAUUUGUGCUACAAGCAAUGAACAGAUUCGCUUGGUUUGAUGGCAACUUAGAGCAAAAUGAAACGACCAUUCGAAGACAAAACGGUGUCGCCUUGUAUGACGGCGAGGCAAAAACACCGUUUGUCGGCGGAGAACUUGUACUGUCAACUCAUCGUAUCCUGUGGAACGGGCCAGAGAAUCGACGUCUAUCUCUUCGACUAAACCUGAUUGUCCUUGUAGAAGAACAAAGUGGCAGUUGGAGCAAAAGUUCUAAGAUUAUAUGCCAUUUAGGACCGCCGCCCAGUGAGAAGCACACAGGAGUUGUACAAAGUAGCCCUUUCAAUUAUGUCAGGUUCUCAUUUCGAAGCGGCGGAGAAUCCGAGUUUUUUCGGAAUAUGCAGACCGCACUGCAGAAAAAAGAGUGGGAAACGAUGCCAAUCGUCGACACACGGGGCAAGAGGAUUCACGCCGGCAUCGUCGGCAUUGAACGGCAGAUGCAGGCAAAACGUGAGGCAGCUGAUAAACACAUUUCCGCGGCUUUCGAAGACCUCACGAAGCUCAUCAACAUGGCAAAGGAAAUGGUGUCGCUGUCACAGAGCAUAACGCAGAAGCUUAAAGAGAAAGGUAGCAACCUCACAGAUGACGAAACAAUCACGUUCAAGUCUCACUUGUUGUCGCUGGGAAUCAGCGAUCCUGUCACAAAAAGUGCUUACGGGUCUGGAAGCACGUAUCACAGGGAGCUGGCGAAACAGCUCGCAGAGGUCCUUGUGGGACCCGUUCAGGAGGCUGGUGGUAUCAUAGCCCUGACCGACGUCUAUUGUAGAGUAAACCGAGCCAGGGGACUGGAGCUCUUAUCUCCAGAGGACCUUUUGAAUGCUUGCAAAGUCAUGGAGCACCUCAACCUCCCGCUCAGGUUGAAAGAAUUUGAGAGCGGAGUUACCGUUCUCGAGCUAGCAGAACGCAACGAAGUACAGAUGGCGAAAGAAACGCGAAAGCUGCUGGACGAACGAGAAUCACUGUCUGCGGAAGAGCUCUCGUCUCUCCUGCAAAUAUCAGUCAUCCUAGCGAGAGAGAGACUGCUCAGCGCGGAACGAGAGUGCCUUGCAUGCAGAGACGACUCGGUCGAAGGGCUCCGCUUCUACCCAAACUUGUUUGCGGAGAAGGACUGAUUCGCUAUUAAAAACUUCAUUCUUGUUUA